GCCGACAAAGCGGCCUUGUUUUCCCGUACAACGGAAAACAGCAAAUCCGAAAAACAAAAGCAAACAACAAACCCGAAAAAGCGACCAUGUACGCUCGGACGAACGCCGGGGGAGCGCACGGUGACUUCCAAGACCGGAACGGGGUGAACUACGUGUCGCCGGCGGAGUCUUUCGGACACUGCUCCCAGUUGUUCUGGAAGAAGGACCCCAGUGACUCCGGACCGAGCUCCACCAUCAGUUGGUGCGACCAACUCCCCUCCUCUUCAGCCUCCCUCUCCGGCUCAAGUCUCUCCAUGGACUCCCGAGCAACUUCAGCUACAACAGCAGCUUCAGCAGCGGCAGCAGAUAUGGACUCAGAUGAGAGGCCCUAUGCCUGCGACCUCUGCAACUGUGCCUACAAGCACGCCAGCUCCCUGCUCAACCACAAGCUCACCCACCGGACCGGAGACUUCAGAUGUGACUUCUGCAGCAAGCCCUACACCAACUACAUGUCACUGCGAAACCACAUGCGGAUUCACGGCCAAAAGCGCUACGUGUGCGACCUGUGUGGGAAGGCCUUCCGCCUGGCUCGGUACCUUCGCAACCACCAGAAGAUCCAUGAUGACGGGCCCAACCGCUUUGACUGCCCCUCCUGCUGCAAGAGCUACAGGACCAUGUUGGAACUGGCCCAGCACCGCUGCAGUGCUGCAUCCAGCCAGCCUGGUAACCGUCGCGCCAACUUCUCCUCCGCUCCUCGCCGUCAGCAGCAGCAGCAGCAGCAGCAGCAGCAGAACAACACUACUUCUAUGAUGCAACAGCAGCAUGGAGGACACACCCAGCAGGAGCCUCUGCCCCCCCACUGCGUCUCCCCCAUGACCCAGGGGGGAGGUGUGGCCGGACAGCCUACGUCUGACCCUCACCAGGGCCAUUCCAACUCAGCCUCCUCCCAGAGCCAGGGCAGUCAGCAGAGCAUGAGGAACAGCUCCUCCUCCAACAAGCACGUCUCUUCCUCUAGCUCCUCCUCAGCAUCCUCCUACUCCUUGCUCCAGCCUCUGGUGCCUGAGGUAAAGGAGAUGGGCUCGGCAUACACUAGGCUGACAGCCAGCAGCAACCCCAUGCCGAAGCACCAGGACAGUUUCUCACUGGCCCCCCAGAGGCCUCUCACCACCAUCAACCCCAUCGGCCACACCCUCCACCCCAACGGAGCCCCCACGCUCAAGCCUUCCCCCGUGCCACGCACCAUCCAGGGCAUGCCCUGGGAGCAACGCUCCCUAUACAACCAAUGAACCCCCCCCCCCCCGCCUUCGGAUACUGCCCCAACCCCCACUGUGCCCUACCCCACCUCAACCCCCAGCUCUAUUUGUUUUAUUUUGUUUUUUGUUUUGUUUUGUUUUUUUCCACUUGCCACUUGGCAUUGGGACUCCCAUCCCAUACCCACCCCACUCCACCCCCACCAACCACUGCCCCCCCCCCUUUUGGAUUGUAAGUGGUGUUUAUGGGAGAAAGGGGUGGGGCGUUGGAGGUUGGGUUGUGCUCCACAGUUGAGAUCUAGAUGAGAUUGAUAACUGAGUAGUUAGGAUAAAAAUGUGCUGCCUUGACCCUGAUAUAUGAUCUAUGCCAUGUACUGGUUCUAAGUUAAAAUGUUUGUCCCUAACCUACCUCCCCUUACUCACACAUACCCCCCAACCCCUCCCCCACCUUUUCUAGUUAAAAAAAAUCUCUCUUUAUAAAUAGUUUCUCUCUUCCUCUUUUAUUCACUCUUUUUUUACACGUCAGAUGUAAUGAAAGGAUUUUUCUCCUCUCCGUGUGUGUUGGCGAGAAAUCAGGGUUCCCACGCAUCCUGGAAAACCUGGAAAUUUAUAGACUAGUUUUCCAGUCAUGGAAAACCUGGAAAAUGAUAAAAUUGAUUAGAUGUUCUGGAAAUCUUAUUGCGGUCAUGGAAAAUUGUUGAGUUAGUUUAGAAAGCUUACUUCUACCCACUGAGGGGGCAUAUUUUCAACUAGUGGUUUAGCUGAAACGUGACAACAGUGUCAAGUCUGAACAGUGGUGAUGCGUGGGUCCCAUGGGUUGACCCGCGGUUCGGGUCGGGCUUACUAGAAAAUAUCAUGGGUUCGGUCGGGUCAAAAAGUGACAAAAGGGUCCGCGGUGGCGUAGCGGUCUAAGCAUCGGCUUGGUGUCGAUGCAGUUGCCCACUGGGGACCGGGGUUCGCGCCCCGGUCUCAUCAGAUCCGACUAUGGCCGGACUCGAUGAAGCAGCGAUCAUUGGCAACGCUGUCUUCGGGAGGGGGGCGGAGUCGGCUUGUGUUCGUCAUGUGAAUGCGUCUCUGUGUGUGUCGGAAAAACAGUGGUUCGGCCUGGAGUCGCCUUGUCACGAAAGUGGGGAGGCGCUUUCCUUCGAGACUGCCGGCCGGAGAGAUGCAGUUGGCGAACGCAUGCAAUAUGAGGGUGGGUGUUUGAAUUAAAAUAGGGAUCGAUUGGCCACUAAAUUGGGAGAAAAAAGGGAAAAAUCAGAAAUAAAUUAAAAAAAAAAAAAAGUGACAAAGCAGCGUUCCGGGUAAGUUAUAACUUUGGGGGGGGGGGUUCCCCUUUUUUCUCCCCAAUUGCAACCGGCCAGUUACCCCACUCUUCCGAGCUGUCCCAGUCGCUGCUCCACUCCCUCUGGUGAUCUGAGGAGGGCUGCAGACUACCACGUCUCCUCGGAUACAUGUGGAGUUGCCAGCUGCUUCUUUUCACUGGACAGUGAGGAGUUUCACCAGGGGAAUGUAGCGCAUGGGGGGAUCACGCUAUUCUCCCCAGUUCCCCCCCCCCCCUCCGAACAGACGGAGGAGGCACUGGUGCCGCGACCAGGACACAUACCCAAAUCCAGCUUUCCACCUGCAGACACGGCCAAUUGUGUCUGUAGGGACGCCCGACCAACCCGGAGGUAACAUGGGGAUUUGAACUGGCGAUCCCCGUGUUGGUAGGCAACGGAAUAGACCGCCGCACUACCCGGAACGCCAGCCAAUACGUCUGUUAUGGAGUGUUGAGGCUUCUGUACAAGACUUUCCCCUAAGUGGUAUCCGUAGCUUUUGUUUACAGCCCCAAAACUAUUUUAUUUGGUUAGAGAGGAGGCGACCACUGACAGCAUGCCGGACUGAGCCAGAGAGAAGUUUAGUUCAGGCAGGCUCAUAUUCAACAGGCUGUGCCUUCCAGUCAGCGUAUUAAGCUGUGCCAACAGCCCAAAAACAAAAUAGUGCAACACUGCUGUGUUUGCUAUAGCCUGGGCUAAAUUUGGUGGUUUGUGGGUCGGGUUCAAAUGGUUAAUCAACACAUUUUUUAACAGGUCGGGUGGCGUGGAUUGGCUCUCAACUGGUUGGGUGGGUGCGGGUAUUAUUGUCGUCUUUGUUAGUAUAGUGGUGAGUGUCCCUCGCCUGUCACAUGGGAGACUGGGGUUCGAUUCCCCGACGGGGAGACAACAUACUUUGGGCGGCACGGUGGCCAAGUGGUUAGCGCUGUCGCCUCACAGCAAGAAGGUCCUGGGUUCGAACCUCGGGGUUGUCCAACCUUGGGGGUCGUCCCAGGUCGUCCUGUGUGUGGAGUUUGCGUGUUCUCCCCGUGUCUGCGGUGGGUUUCCUCCGGGUGCUCCGGUUUCCCCCACCAUCAAAAGAAACAUGGGUUAAUACUCCUGCCUGUGCCCCUGAGCAAGGCAAUGGGAAGAAGAAGUGGAGUUGGUCCCCGGGCACUGCAUGGAGGCAGCAGCCCACUGCUCCUAGCUACACAGAUCACAGCUGGGAUGUGUGACUUCGCAAUAACUGAAUUUGCCCAAGGGGAUUCAUAAAGGAAAUUUAAUUGAUUAAAAACCCCCUGACCCGCGCAUCACUACUAGGCAGUAUGUCCAGGGACACGGUCCGUCUGUAGACUGUCGGGACGUCCACUCAUGGGUAGUACUUAUUAAUAUGGCCUUCUGUCAGCAAUGCCUGGCAUGGAUUUCCAACGUCAAGUCAGUUUUAUUUGUAUCGCCCAGCAUCACAAAUUAAAAAUGGAAAAGGUUCUGGAAUGUCGUGUCUUUAAAGAGUGGGAACCCUGUCGAGAGGUGAGCGUGUGUGUGGCUGCUUCCUCCGGGCCAGCGAAGAAGUUUCCGGCCUGUCAUCUUGGACGUCAAAGCGAAUGUGGACAACUCUCUUCAGGCUGUGUGUGUGUGUGUG